AUGUCGCAGCAGCUGGCGCCCGGCGGCCAGCCAGGCCCCACAUGGCCAGCUCACCCGCGCCCUUGGCCCCGCCCUCUAUCGGGCCCGCCUACGUCCUACCCAACGGGACUAAGCCAGGCAUCAGGCGGCAAGGCAAGCGUUGAUGGGAAGCCAAUUGGUCAGCCCAGAGGCCGCCCAAAUGAUACCCUAACCGACGACCCCCAGGCCCUGGGAGAGCUGCCCGCCACCCGCCCCCAAGAGGUCAGAGCCCAUGUCAUCAUGCGGCCAGCCACCCGCCAUGCAGGCAUCAUCCGAACGACCUCAGCGGGCGUGCGCCCGUCGUGGAUUUGCCACAUGCCUCUGCGUUGCAAGUUCUAG